GUCUGCCGUCCAUUAUUGGUGUUCCAUGUUUAAUCGGCGGUCGUGGUCUUCCGUACGGCGGUGUCCCCAUAGUUUUUUAUAUCCCUUCAGUUUAUGAUACAGAAAAUGUGGUGAACUUUCCUUAUCACGUGUGCGCACGCGACUCCACGUUACUUGUCACCGUACAAACGUGAACUUUGUGCAUAAGCAGCUCCAGCAGUCACCAUGGAAGAUACGCACGGCAAUGAGCAUGCCUGCGGUGAAAUUGAAGCUCCGAGCACCAACGGGGAGACCGCGAAAGAAGUCCCCCCAGAUGAAAACGAGGAUUCUUCAAAAUCAGAUACAGAUAUUCCAACGAAGACCGGUAACCGGGAGGAGUACGGCGACAACGAGCUGAAGGGCAUCCCGAUGAGUAAACUACAAGACCUCCGCAAGGCGAUGGAAAUACUGAACCUGAACGUGGUGCACGAGGGGCCCGCCAAGACGCCGGAGGAGGCCCUCCACAAGCACUACGAGUUCUGGAACACUCAACCGGUGCCCCGCAUCGACGAGAAGCUGCCCACCAACGGACUGAACGAGCCCAUAGAGCCAAACAAGAGCGUGGAGGAGAUUCGUGAGCAGCCGUACUCGCUGCCCUCAGACUUCAUGUGGGACACACUGGACAUCAAUGAUGCGGCUGUUCUAAAGGAAUUAUACCAGUUACUAAAUGAAAAUUACGUUGAAGAUGAUGACAAUAUGUUCCGCUUCGACUAUGCUCCAGAAUUCCUGAAGUGGGCGUUGCAGCCACCUGGUUGGUCUUCCGAUUGGCACUGUGGCGUCCGCGUAGUCAAGAGCCACAAGCUGGUUGGUUUCAUCAGUGCAGUUCCGGCCACCAUCCGCAUCUACAACCAUGUUCAGCGGAUGGCAGAAGUGAACUUCCUCUGUGUGCACAAGAAACUGCGGUCUAAACGUGUGGCACCAGUCCUAAUUCGCGAGAUCACGCGGAGAGUCAACCGCAAGGGCAUCUUCCAGGCUGUGUACACGGCGGGUGUUGUCCUGCCCAAACCUAUAGGAACUUGCAGGUACUGGCACCGAUCACUCAAUCCUCGCAAGCUAAUUGACGUGCGUUUUUCUCAUCUGAGUCGGAAUAUGACGAUGCAACGGACGCUCAAGCUCUACAAGCUUCCUGAGAAACCGAAGACUGUUGGUUUCCGACAGCUCAAGAAGUCUGAUGUUCCAAAGGCUCAUGCGCUACUGACAGAGUUCCUUGAAAAGUUCGACCUGGCUCCGUGCUUCACACUGGAGGAAUUUCGCCACUGGUUCUUGCCCCGCCCCGACGUCGUCGACAGCUACGUGGUGGAGGCAGACGGACAGAUCACGGACUUCGUAAGCUUCUACUCUCUGCCGUCUACAGUAAUGCACCACACCGUGCAUAAGGAGUUGAAAGCGGCCUACGCCUUUUACACAGUGGCUGCCUCAGUGCCACUCGUUGCCCUGAUGCAGGACGCACUUAUUGUCACAAAAAACAAUGGUUACGACGUCUUCAACGCUCUGGAUCUAAUGGACAACAAAGAAUUUUUGGAGAAGCUCAAGUUUGGCAUUGGUGAUGGCAAUCUCCAGUACUACCUGUACAACUGGAGGUGUCCUGACAUGCCCCCUAACAAGAUCGGACUUGUCCUUCAAUGACGUCUCCGCAGGAGAACACGCGACCUAGGUUUGUGUGAUAGCAGCGCUGGGACUGUUGGACCGUGGUGUCGGACGACCGCAUUUCCUGCUCAGAUCCGUCGGACAUUGGUGCUCUGACUGAGGAGACAGUGACUGGCACGACGUUGACACCCCCUUCCCACUCCACAUCCUUCUCUCUCUCUUUUGUUACACUGUUCCCUCCCUGUCUGCUUCCCUUUUACACACAGACCUGGUAGGGGUCUCGGCUGAAAGUUUCGGUGCAAAGAAGAAAAACAUUACCACGUUGCAGCGGUGUUGCCAUAUCAGCGGAAAGGUUUCUGCCGCUCUUGUUGCUACCUUACCCCCUUUUUACUGCUUUUAAUACGGUAAACAGCCUCUCGCUUUUCGCUUCUUUUUUUUUCUUUUUCUCGAAACAGCUGACUGCGUUGGACUGUUUCUUAAGGACUAUAUUACCUGUUCAUGUCACCUGAAUGUUUUUUUGUUUAUCUUUUUGUUUUCUCUGCAAACUAUCCAUGUGGUAAACCAGAGAUGGUUAAAUGAAGUUAUUCCAUUGCAUCCGCGUAUCUCAAUUGAUAACAUCGGACUUCCUUUCGUCAUGUGUGCUUAUAUACGUGUGUGCGCUACGUGACUGCGAUUCCAGUUGGAGAUUGUUAAAGGACAACGUGGCUACCCGAGCUUUUACGGUGGAAAAGGGAACUGUCUCGUAGCGUCGUGACUCGGAUUUGGUAGACGAUUUGGUGUCAAAACGUAUAUGUAUGCACCGCAAACUUACAACUGGUUUGAGUGCUGCGCAUCUGUAGUGUUGAGAUUCUAAGAAUCGUGACACGUCUGAAUGCAACCACCAAACCUUGUUGUUAUUCGAUCGUGAUUGACCCGUAAUCUUAUUUGCCGUUUGUGCUGGCCCGUUUUUUUCUGUUCUAUUAAAGCUUUUUGUUGAAAUUUAAGUUAAGAGAAGUUAAGUUCUGAGUCAGUUGCGUCAACAAAAUGUCUUGGCAGGCUGCUACUGUUUUUUUUUUUUUUUUCAUGUGAACUCUCUAUGCGUCGAGAGAGAGAGGAAUUCUUUGCGGAACUCAACUAGACCGAAACCAAUUUGUGAUAUAUGUUUUGUAAGUCUUCGCAAGCAUACUAGAGACAUAGAAUGCAAUGUCAGUUUUGUCUUUCUCCUGUGUGUGUGACACGAAGAUCAAAUCGAGAUAUCUAGGAAUAUUUCUAUUACUAUGUGCAUCAGCUUGUAGCAUGGCCCCACUUUUUCAUUGUUUCCUUUUCCUUAGACAAGGUCUGCACGCUUCAACACGCUGCAUGUGUGGAACCUUGAAGAUUUGUACUUCAGUGGGGGUCGCUAAGCAAAUAAAUGCACACACCUCAAUAGCUUCAUGUGUACAGCCUUGGAACUUUGUACUUCAGUGGGGGUCACUGAGCAAAUAAAAUGUUAUUCGAAGGUGUGCUCACCUACACAUUA